AUGGCGAAUUCCACAUUACACGGCCUCUGUCCCGAACCCUUUUACCAGGAGUCCCUCUUUCCGUCGACCGGUGGAUUCAUCGGGGGACGGUAUUGCCAAACCGUUCCUUUGGGAAAUGAGCGUCUGUCAUGCUGUCUCCCUUGUCCGCUGACAGAAUGGACCUACGAUGAUCAAUUGCUUUCCCAGACCAAAGUCGCGAGUUGGCUGGGUGUCGCCGUCCUUCCCCUCUGUAUCUUCCUCCUCGUGUCAUAUGCCGUUCUUCCAGUGAAAUACACCCAUCGACACUAUCUGAGUAUCUGCUUCACGCUAGGCAUCUGCUUUAUGGAGAUUGCCUUUAUCAUUCCUCUGGGAGUCAAGCCGGAACAGUGCCACAAUGCCAUCACUCCCAAUGACAUGUACACCGACGUGUCGUGCGCCUUUACGGGGGCGUUGCUUCUCUUUGGCGGCUGGAUCGUCGUCGUGUGGAGUUUUAUCCGCACCGUCGCAUUCCACCUCCAAGUUUGCUGGGAAGUGAUUAUUGGAAAGAAAUUCAUGUGGGGAUCCUUCAUCUGUGGCUGGGGAAUCCCCGCUCUGUGCUUGACCCUCAUGCUCAUCUACACGGGUGUGUCCUACCGAUUUGGCAACGUCUGCCACAUCAAUAUCAAAAACAGUACCUCGGACUACUGGGCGCCGGUCAUGGCCUUCUCCGCCGCCUCCCUCCUCCUCCACGUGGCCACGCUGGGAUACUGUAUCCAUGUCUACAUCCGAUCCCUGUUCGAUAGCAGCGACUCCACCACCAACAGCUCCGGAUUGCCAUCUUACACAGGCAGCGUCCGCACCAUGACUGCCCGCCAGGCGUACCGACGGAUCCGUCGGGUUCUCCAAUUGCAAUGGCGCGGCAUCAGUUUGGUCCUCAUUAUUAUCGGCAACGUGAUCUUCUUCGCUGUCGUCUUCAUCGAUAUGAACAAUGAGCUGGCACUGACCCCCGAGAACAUGGAGAAGGCCAUCCCAUGGCUCGCCUGCCUCAUGGAGACCAAGGGCGAGAAGAAUCGCUGCCUCGACCAGGCCGACGCCGUGCGACCGAACAAAGCCACCCUGCUCGCGGUGCUGAUCCUUCUUUCGCUGGUUGGAUUUUGGAACUUUAUUCUCUUUGCCCGCCCGUCGAUGUUCGUGGGAUGGGUCGACCUCUUCAAGAACGGCUUUGGCGGUGGCGGCCCCCGGCGACACGAAUUCGUCUCGGUAGAUGCGCGCAACAAACGCCUGCCUGAUACACGCACGUACGAAAUGCUUACGAGCUCGGGCAUCUCCAAAACCCCGGAACCGCUUGUGCGAUCGCCCAGUCCGGCGCGCACGGCCGGCACGCUGAGCCCCGUGGGAGGCCACAACCACUACGGACGCGAAGCCCGCUACGUGCGCCCCUCGAUGAGUUUCUCCGGCCCUCGACCGCCGGGAUCGUCCCAGGGCCAGGGGCGGGACUGGGAUCCGCAGGCGACCUUUGCGCGGGGCCAGUCCCCGGAAUACCACCACCAACAGAAUCUGUCUCGAUAA